UGGACGACGCCAUUUCCGCAUCUGCCCGCACCUGAAUGCCCCGAUUUGGGGCGUUGCGGAUGGGGCUGCUCUGCCAGAUUCACGACACUGAUGACCCACCCCUAUUUAGUACCAGGCCAUAAUAUUCGAGCCAAGUCGCUGAUGUUUUUCGAUGUUGCCGGGAGACGGAUCCUUGACAGGCGAAGGAACGGGAUGCGAGAUGAUUGGUCCAACAAGAGCAUCGCUAGAAUUAGCGUUUGGCUGGAGUAAAUAGGGUGCUGCAGUGUGGUCACGAUCCCGGUGGGCUGGCACGCGAUGUCGCAGAAGAAAAUCAGCGUCCCAUGCGUUCGCUUCCGCUUCCUCAGGUUCCCGUCGCUGUCGAGACUACUCCUUGAAGCUAUAGCCGUUUUGCCGCACCCUUGCUCGGACUGUCGAAUCCGACGCUCAAGAAGCUGAUCAGGUGGUGGCCAGCAGGUCUUGCAACGCAAGUGAGCCGUCAGUGAGCUAGAGCCGUGGGUUUGAGUUUGUUCAGAGCGAGGGGAGUGAAUGAGGUGGACGCAGUGGGCGUGAUUGCGACUAAGUUUGAUGGAUGCAGAAUCUCAAGGUUGUGGACACCUGAGCGUAUUUUGAUUUUUGAUUGGAAUGGCGAGGGGGAGGUGAUUGUUGUUCAGGGAGGGGGGAGGUGAGGACGGGGUUUGGGUGGUUAGAAGCAAGAUCAGCGAGGAGUGCACCGACGUCGCAAAUGAGGAAGACGUUGAAAAAAUGCUGUUGUUUCGCGUCUUUGAUGGAGCUCUGCGUUCGCGCAUCAGUCGAAGGUUUGCCACGCAGUUGUCUCGUCUGCUUUUCCACUCUGGGUGUUCGCUCCCUGUUGCCUCUCCAUACACGCGUAGAACUUCACACCAUAUUCCCUGAUGCUUUGGACAUUGUUAAAGCGGGGCAAGUCGAGAGACUAGUAGCGCCUGAAUGCGGACUCCUAAGUCUCAUUCUCUUUUCCCCGAAAUGAAUCUUGCCAAAAGCCUUCGACGCUGUCUAGAAAUACGACAUGUGGCGUGUAAUCCACAACGUCUCCGGAUCACACUGUUGUCCGAGAAAUUCGGGAAGAGAGGAUGUUAAUAUUCUGAACCUGUGCCUGUAGUUCAAUUGUGUUACCAUUCGCCUGGUUCAGCACAGGUCCAAUGUUCUUGCUAGUUCAAUUUAGAUUUCUCGCUCAGAUGGUCGAUGCUCUAAAACGUUCAGUUGAACACAAGUUACCUGAAAGUUCGGAAAUCACUUUGGCAGCUCUUUUGUAUUGGAAAUAGUUCAGUUUUGCGUAGAAACGUGCAAGACAUUCAUCUGUUAAAAUUCUCGAAGAGUUUAAUCCUGAUUUUCGGCGAGUACAAUUCAAAAAACGAUUUUCUGGAGACUUGCCAUUCCAGUUCUAUGCCGAGACAAGCCAAAUGUGUUUGUUUGUUUGUUUGCUUGAUGUAGUCCUUGUCUUAGUGCAUGUUCGGAGGCUUCAACUCUUCAAUUUAAACUUUGAAUGGGGGGAUGGCUUCCUUGUGUAACAUAAGAAAUUCCGGCGUUCAAACUUUGGAGCAUGUAGGGGACGGUGAUUCAAUAAAUAGCUCGUGUGAGAACUGACCUGCGAAAUGGGUAGACGCGCCCAUCACUUGGUCACCUUGUCUUCACUGUUCAACAAAGGCACUCAACCCACAAUCAAAGCUAACAAGCCAUCCGUCUCGUAUGGUCAAGCUCUUCAAGCGAAGAAAGAAGAAGACUUCGUCAUCGUCAAGACGAACUGCCAACGAAUCCCCGGAGACGGGUCCUCAACGUAUGAUGCCUUUGCGGUUUUGGACGGUCAUAAUGGAUCCGCAGCUGGAGCAUUCACUAAGGAGAACCUGCUGAACAACGUGGUGAAUGCAGUCCCAUCUGGCCUGAGCAGGGACGAAUGGCUGGCAGCUCUGCCGCGAGCAAUGGUCGCAGGGUUUGUGAAGACCGACAAGGACUGGCGAUCUAAAGGAAUCUUUUCGGGCACAACGGUAACCUUGGUAAUCGUAGACGGAUACAUCGUAACAUGCGCUUGUGUUGGAGACUCCCGGUGCGUGCUCGAUGCACAAGGAAUUGUGACAGCCUUGACGAUUGAUCACAGAUUCGACACAAACGAAGAAGAGUGUGAACGCGUUGUAGCAAGUGGGGGCCAAGUGGCCAGGCUGCAUCCUUAUGGUUGCGAUAUUGGCCCGUUGAGGUCUUGGCCGGGCGGUAUAUGCUUGUCUAGGACCAUCGGAGAUGUCGAUGCAGGUGAGCAUAUCGUGCCUGUGCCCCAUGUAAAGCAAAUCAAGCUUUCACCUGGAGGAGGCAGGCUGAUCAUCGCCUCUGACGGCGUGUGGGACGCCUUGACCUCGGAGAAGGCUGCCAAAGUCUGCCGUGGCGAGAAGCACCCGGAGGUUGCCGCAAAGAACAUCGUCAAGGAAGUCAUCAAGGUGCAGGGCUUGCGUGAUGAUACCACAUGCCUAGUGGUGGACAUCGUGCCUCCUGGGCGAGCUUCGCGCUCUUUCGCACCAGCAGUCAGAAAGCAAAUGAUGGUGAUGAGAUUCUUGCGGCGCACACGGUCCAAAAAAGGCAGUGGUUCUGGAGCUCCUAUGGAAGAACUCUUCGAAGAGAGUUCUGCAACUUUAUCUGAAAGGUUGAGGCCGGUGACUUGAGAACGCUAAACACGGGCCUCCGCUUCCUGUGCAAUUUUUAUGGCAAUAUUAACUUAGACUGCUGCAAAAAUUUAUUCGCUCCAUUUGAAGGCUUCCGAUCGGAGUGCCAACGGAAUUAUCAUGAUUCAAUUCUAUGCAGAAGGUCGCCGCCGGCGCCGUCCGUAGCUAAGAGCACUAGAGUCAUCGCUUUCCAACGAGGAGUUUUCAUAUUCUUGAGUAUCAUGCAUGUACUGUAGAUGCUUUCCACUUGUGACUGCUCAGUAAGAUGCACAAGAAUAGGCACUGAUUACAGCACGAUAUUUUCGACAUUUAGAAGUAGUGUAAAUAUACAGGUACAGACAGAGCUUGAACAUUCAUGGAAGCGACUUGUGUCACUACUCACUUGACUGAACAGACGGGAGUUUUUCGAAACCCUAGCAUAAAAAAGGAUGAUGCACUUCACCUAACAAUCAGGAAGAAGCGAUUCAUUUAACCAGCUUCCUUUA